AUGAAGCAUAGAUUCCAAAUCACAACUGAUUUAGACGAUUUUGAGAGUCUACUCCAGGAGACUAGCAGUGUUGUGUCGAAUGGAGGUGAUACUAGUCCUGUAAAUGCUCUCUUGAAAGAAAAGAUCUCUGAUAUCCCCAUCCCGAAAUCUACCGCAUCACACAAAUCGCUCAUUUUGAAUCCUUUUGGGUAG